AGUCGGUACCUGGCCGUGGCGCGACCGGAAACAGCAGGCAUGCUGAUCCCAUUUUCAAUGAAGAACUGCUUUCAGUUACUUUGCAACCAUAAGGUCCCAGCAGCUGGCUUUAAGGCCACAGUAAAAAAUGGGCUUAUUUUACAGUCAGUUUCCAGUGAUGUUUACCAAAAUCUGGCUUUCGAAGAUUGGAUCCACGAGCAUAUGACUCUCGAAGGCAAGCCAAUUCUUUUCUUUUGGAGAAAUACACCCUCCGUUGUAAUCGGUAGGCACCAGAAUCCUUGGCAAGAAUGUAACCUGACUCUGAUGAGAGAAGAAGGUAUAAAACUGGCUAGAAGAAGAAGUGGGGGAGGGACCGUCUACCAUGACAUUGGUAAUAUCAAUUUGACUUUCUUUACAACCAAGCGCAAGUAUGAUAGGAUGGAAAAUCUGAAGUUAAUUUUGCGAGCUCUGAAUACCAUCCGACCCCAGCUGGAUGUGCAGGCUACCAAGAGAUUCGACCUUCUACUGGAUGGACAGUUUAAAAUCUCAGGGACUGCCUCUAAGAUUGGCCGGGCCACCGCUUACCACCACUGCACUUUAUUAUGUAGUACCGAUGGGGCCUUCUUAUCUUCUUUGCUGAAGAGUCCUUACCAAGGGAUCAGGAGCAAUGCCACGGCUAGCAUACCUUCCUUAGUGAAAAACCUUUUGGAAAAAGACUCCACUCUGACCUGUGAAGAACUGAUAAAUGCUAUUGCCGCCGAGUAUGCUGCUCACCAUCAAGUUGAUAAUCACAUUAACCUCGUAGACCCAGCUGAUGAGACACUGUUUCCAGGAGUAGGCAGCAAAGCCAAAGAACUACAAACUUGGGAGUGGAUCUAUGGCAAAACCCCAAAGUUCAGUGUAAACACGUCCUUUAACAUUUUAGAUGGACAGUCACACAUGGAAAUUAAAAUACGCAUAGACAUAAACAAUGGAAGAAUUCAAGGCUGUAAUAUCGAAGCACCUGCACAUUGGUUGCCCUUGGAAGUAUGUGACAAAUUAAAUUCAAGCUUUAUUGACAGUAAGUUUUGCCCCGUGGAAGCUACCUUGCUAACAAAUAUAUUACUUAGAACAUGUCCUGAAGACCGUGAACUACAUAAUAAAUGGAAUAUUCUCUGUGACAAAAUUAAGGGAAUAAUGUGACUCAAAAGAAAUAGCUUCAUAUUGACAGUGUGGAUGAAAGAAAUAAACAUUUUAAGUGUGUA